UUCAACCCACAGAGUAGUCCUACAAAUUUCUUUGGAAGCAAAGGUCCUGCAUCGAGUAGCAAAAAGAUCCGUAGUGACCAGGCAGCUGCUUGGAGUUUCCUCGGAAAAUCUGGCAGUGCGAGCAAAAGUAAUCGAGACCAGUCAGCUCCAAAUGCACCACAGCAGUCCCAGGAAAGUGACGGUAAUACAGGUAUACCUUUAGCAGAGCAGAUGAGACCAGCUACUUUGGAUGAUUACAUAGGCCAAGAAUCUAUUUUAAGCAGCAACUCCUUCCUUAAAAACUUAAUUUCAAAGGAUAGUUUUAUAAACAUGAUUCUGUGGGGACCACCUGGUUGCGGUAAGACAUCACUUGCCAAUAUCAUCGCAAAGCGCUGUCGGGGCUCAGAAAAGUGGAGAUAUGCUUCCCUCUCAGCCUGCACUGCAGGUGUGCAGGAUGUAAAGAAAGUUGUUCAGGAAGCCCAGAGUACAUUGCAGUUGAGGAAACGACGGACAGUUCUCUUCAUGGAUGAAGUGCAUAGGUUUAAUAAGGCUCAGCAGGAUAUCUUCUUACCACAUGUUGAGAGUGGGUUGCUUACACUAGUUGGGGCCACAACAGAGAAUCCUUCCUUUACCCUCAAUUCUGCCUUACUUUCAAGAUGUCGAGUCAUAACACUUGAAGCUCUGAGUGUAAAGAACAUCCGCAAGAUUCUUCAGAGGGCUCUCAAAAAGCUGAAAAUAGGUAUUGAAUUGAAUGAGUCGGAGAACGAAGAAGAGAGCUCAACAGAUGAAGAGAGUGAGGAGGAGGAAGAAGAGCCAGAUGAGCAGGAGGAGGAAAAUGCAGAUACACAAGAAGUAAAAGAGAACAGUUUGAAGAUAAGUCACCAGGCUUUGCGUUGGCUGUCAAAUAUGAGUGGUGGUGAUGCCCGAUGUGCCCUGAACACGCUGCAGACCUUAGUAACAUCUCAUUCACAAGGCACCAUAAAAAUUGCUGAAGCUAAAGAAGCACUACAGAGAAGUCACGUGCUUUACGACCGCAAGGGGGAAGAGCACUACAACAUGGCUUCAGCUCUCCAGAAGUCCAUCAGAGGAGGCAAUGAUAACGCUGCCCUGUACUGGACCAUGCGCAUGGUAAAGGGCGGAGAAGACCCACGCUUCAUUGCCAGGAGAUUGGUCAGAACGGCAGCAGAAGACAUUGGCUUAGGAGAUCCACAAGCCUUGAAUUUAGCUGUAUCAACAAUGCAAGCAGUCCAGAUGCUUGGGAUGCCUGAAUCAAAUGUUAUCCUAUGUCAGUGUGCUGUCUACUUGGCAAGAGCAAGGCACAACCCAGAAGUUUACAUGGCAAUGAAUCGCAUUUUGCAACACAUGGACACCCAUACUGGGCCUCUACCUCCUGUUCCUCUUCACCUGAGAAACGCACCAACCAAACUCAUGAAAGACAUAGGUUAUGGAAAGGGGUAUACGGCAGAUCCAAGGUUUACAAGAAAUAUAGAAUACAUGCCAGAUGUUCUGAAAAAUGUGAAUUUCUUCCAGAACACUGGUUGAAGUUGAUCACUUGUAAAUGAAAAAUAAAACUUAAUUUUUUUU